UUAGAUUGUUCGCUUGCCUUGAGUCUAAGGUCAGUUGUAUUGCUUUUUGAAAUUCCCAGUAAGAACCCCUCAUUAUUAUGCUCUCCAGAAAGGAGCUCAUUGCCGUUAUCCUCAUGCUGUCGGCGGUCUUCUCUGUGCUAAAUGCCGCCAUCUUUGCCAACACUUUGCCCUUCUACGUCAGUUAUGAGCAGCUGUUGCAGCAGGUCAUCAGCAUAGGGACCGCCUACCUCUGCAUUCUGUACGCCCUAAGCACCUGGAUGUACCAUUCGAAUUACUCCCGGACCCGCCAGCACAUGCGAUACGCGCUGGUGAUGACCUUGCUGGUGAUGAUUGCGGCUAACAUAGUGGCUGCGAUUGCGCAUAUGAAGCUGCUGAGUUUUUCGAUAUUUAAGGAAACGACGGACAUCAGCAUUCUGUUCUCCAAAUUUGAUGUUGCCUGCAAGUCCGUCAGCCUGGGUCUGUCGGUCCUAACCAUUCUCCUCCUGAUCAUAGUAAAGUUGGUUGUCUUUGUGACGAUCAUUAGAAAGCACAAAAAGAAGCAGCGCAAGAAGAUUCGCAGAUUGAAAGCAGCUCGCGAGGCCCUGAAGGCGGAACCCUAAACUGCUGUCUGCGUCAUCAGCGUCUUUAUUGUUGGUAGUGAGUCGACGGCACAGUUGACGGCGUCGUGGGAGUGCAAAUAAAGUUUCGGUUUUCAUGCAACGCCAAACAUUUCAUGUCGUUGCAAUGUGGCGCCGCAUUUGCAAUAAUAUAAAUAUUAUGCUCGCACGGCGCGAGGCACAGACACUGUA